AAACAGCGUACAUAACAAAUAGAAAUGUAUAUAAAUUGUGCAAUAAAUAAUAAUAAGGUUAUAUAAUAAUAUUAUUUUAUACUGUCAAAUAUAAAAUACUUCUAAAGCAUUUUUUCUUAAUAGAUCACAUGUGAGAUAAUAUAGCAAUAUAAAAUACAUAAAUACGCAUUGUUGUAAAUAAUGUGUUUGUGUGACUUUCACUUUAGCACUUCUCUGUGGACAACAUUCUAUUAAAACGUCUAUUGAACUUUUUUUCGACGAAUUGAUUGUUUAACUGGCGAUCGCUUGCUGGAAUUGUUAAAUUACUGGACGUUCCAAGCCGUUAAAAUAACAAAUAUAGAAACAUGUAUAUAAUUAUACACAAAAAUGUAUACUAUACGUACUGCACAAUUCAUAAUUAUGUAGUGAAUAAAAAAUGUUCCGUUUAAAAAAAACUUUUUAUUACAAAUAUAUAUAUGUACCAAUGUACAUGACGAAAUAAAAUACAUGAACAAGAAUAGCUGAGAUAUAGUUAAUGCGCAAACUAUACUAAAAGACUUCCCUUGUGCAUGAUAUUCUAUGAGAAAGAAGCACCUGUUAAAUUUCUUUCAGCUCAUGAAUCGAUUACUAAAUUGACUCUGUCUUGAUAUAAUAUUAAAAUGCAAGUAUUUCACCAUUUAUGUAUUGCAUUGCAGUUUAACUAAAUUACAAAAGAUACCUUAAAUAGUAAAACUUUAAAAUUGAUGCUAAAAGUGAAAAAAUGUAAUCAGCCAACCAAAUGUAGUAGGGAUAAAUAAAAUUUUGUUCAUUUCCUUUUCGCUAACUGUUUCGCAACUGUUUUAGUUCUAGCAGAGAGAUGAUAAAUAUUGUCGAUAAGUACUUCAGUUUCAACCGAACUCUUUUGUUGAUAAUUGGUUUGUGGCCUUAUGAAAAAUCAAAACUUGCUCAACUGCAAAUACUCUGCAUCUUUAGCAUUCUUAUAACUGGCAUUAUAUUUCAGGUAUGAUAUAUUCUUGAAAUAUAUAUAAAUAUCAUCAUAAUGCAUGUAUCAACAGGUCCACUUCAUAUAACCUACAAAUUUGUUUAUCAAUUUGAUGUCAAUGUUAUUUGUGAAAAUAUUGUGUUAUACAAUAUUUUAAUUAAACAAUUAAAUAUAAAAAAUCCUUUUCGUUUGUUUUGCAAAUGUAAAUAAUAAGUAAACAAUAAAAACUUAUUCUCUAUUGAUGUAAAAAAAUUUAAGUACAUAUGUACUGUACAUACAUUCAUACUAUCGUGAUAUAUAACAAAUACUAUUAUAUUGUAUUUUGUUACAUGUUAAUUAUGUGAUAAUUACAAUAACAAAAAAGCAAAAAAUCAUAAUUGUAAUUUAUUAAAAAUUGCUACAUAUAUGAAAUGAUAACUAAGAAUACCUUACAAGAAAUAGAAGUAUAAAAAAUAAAAUUUUUUUUUAUUUUUAAGAAAUUUUUACUACUUACAGCUCACAUCAAUUUUGACUUCACGAUGUACUGUAGAAUCGAUCAUUGAGAUUUUAUCUUUCGCAUUUGUCUUCAGCACCUUUGUCAUAAAAUACAAUGCUUUUUAUAUUAAUAGUAAGACGGUAAAUUGAUGGUUUACUGUAUUUACACAAACACACAUAACAUACACACAAAUAAAUAUCUUAAUAUAAACAAUUUUAUAAUUAUUAAUUUAUUUGAAAACAAAUAAUAAUUAAAAAUUUAUUGACAGAAUAGAUAAAGUAUUUAAUGGAACAAGUUGAGCAUAUCUAUAAUGAUGUAGUAGACAACAACGAAAUUGCUAUUAUAGAAAAAUAUGGAAGUAAAGCAAAAAACUAUACAGUUGGUUUCGUAGGCAAGCAUUUCUUUUUUAUUUUCUUAUAUUUCUAAUUAUUUACACAUGUAAAAUCGUUCAGAAAUAUCUAUAGUAUGUAACGUAAAAUAUUACCGUUAAUAUUUAACUACAAAAAUAAAGAAAUAACCAAAUAAGCAGUUUACGCUUAUAAACUAUUAUAUAAAAUAAUUUAAAUGUAUUCUAAUUUUUUAGUUCAAUCUAAUUUAAGUAUAUUUUAAAAUAUUUUCUGAACAAUCAAGACGUUUUUUAAUGUAAAAAAAUUAAAUUUUGAAUUUUACUUGGUAUCUCCGCUUGUCAGGCACAUAAUAGAAAAAUAAAAAACUUUUUAAUGUACAAUAAUUUAAGUCGUCUGUUUUACCGAUUAAAUGCUAAUUAUCUUCUGACAAGCUUGGAUCCUAAUUAAUUUCAUAGAAUUGUAAAUCCUUCUCCAGAAUUAAAGUAUAAACAAUAACAAACUCUGCUACAUAUAAUUUUCUUUAAAAAAUAAGAGAUAAUUAGAAAGUUAUUUUAUACUUUUGUAUAGUCUCGUGACUUUCAUCCGCACCAAUAAGUUUUUAAGAUUCUAUUUAUACAAAAUAAUUGUAAUGCAGGGUUGUCAUUAUAGGAAAGAAUAAUAACGUGCUUUGAGAACAGCUAGAAGCUUUUGAUAUAAGAAAGAAUUUGUCUGCAAAUUUUAUGUAUAUGUGAGUGCGGAUUUUAAAGAAAUCAAUAAGUAGAGUAAUGUAAAAAAAAUCUUUUUUGUUCUCGAUAUAAAACCCAAGAUUGAUAUUCAUAGAUUGAUAUUCAUAUGUGUAUUUUAAUUCUGGAAAAGAAUUUCUAAUCCUAUAAAAGAAAUAUAUACGAAAUUUCAUUAAUGAUGUGCACAAAUGACCAAAUCAUUGACUCCGAUCAAAUUUGAGAGGCAGUCCAGCAUCCCCUUAGGCCUACUCAAAACGAUCAGUUUAGCUAUUGAAAUCUGAUCAUUUCGCGUACUUGUAAUGAUAAUUCAACAUGCAUUUAAGAUAAUAAAAAAAAAAUAAUUAAUCAUAUAACAAAGAUUAUACAUAUUAUCAUCUAAAGCAAAUAUAUUUAUAUAUAAAAUAAUUUGAAAUUCACUAAUAAGUAUACUUAUUGCUGUUAAUACAGUGCAGUGUAUGUAGAAAUUUAAAUUGAAAAAUUAUUUUAUUUUAUUGUUUAGUCGGUAUUAUUUUUUGCAUGAUUAUAUUUGGAGGUGUCCAAUUAUGGUCACAACUUAUUUAUGUUCUACUAUCUGUAAAUGUAUCUCGACCACGUCGCCUACAGAUCGCAACUGAAUAUUUUAUCGAUCAAGAAAGAUAUUUCUACUUAUUGUUUUUCCACAUAAAUACAGUUGCGUUUAUUGGAUGUGUCGUAAUGUUAGCGACAGGAACAUUGCUCAUUGCAUAUCUUCAUCAUGCCUGCGGAAUGUUUAAAAUCGCUAGUUAUCGCAUUGAAAAAGCAAUACAAAUUUAUGAAGAAAAAAAGAUUAACUUGAAAAACGAAUUUUUGGCACACAAAACCAUGAUUCAUGCUGUGGAUAUUCAUCGAAAAGCUUUAAAAUUUUCCAAUGGUCUAAUAUCUAGAUUUGAAAUAACCUUUAUGUUUCUAAUAGUAUUCUUUGUGCUUGGUUUAAGCUUAAAUAUUUUUCGAGUCUUUCAAAUUGUAUCAUUUGGAUAUAAUAAGGACGAAUUUCUAGUUAAUUUUGUAAUUGCAUUUCUAUGUACUGUAUACAUGUUUAUGGCUAAUUUCAUGGGACAACAAAUUAUAGAUCAUAAUAAUCACAUAUUUGUUACUGCAUAUAACGUGCGGUGGUAUGUAACUCCUUUACGCAUACAAAAGCUGAUACUGUUUCUGUUGCAAAGAGGCAAUAAAAGUUUUGGUUUAUGUGUUGGUGGAAUGUUUGUAGCAUCCAUAGAAUGUUUUGCUACGCUGACUAAUGCAUCUAUAUCCUAUUUUACUGUUAUGUAUUCAGUGCAAUCAUGAAAAUGUAAUUAUCAAUUAAUAUUACAGUGAUGAAACAAGUUAAUUAAUAAAAGACAGCAUUUAAUAUAUUUUAUGUCUAAAAAAUAAAUAUUGCAAAUUAUAAAAAAAAGUGUAAAUGAAAUAGUAGAAAGCGUUGUAUAAUAACAC